UCUAGCUAUUGUUGCGUUGAGAUGGAUCAGAGCGAGCUGCGUUUGUCUGGCGAAUUUAGCGACUUGACCGUCCAAAUUGGUGGCCAACAGCUGCAUCUCCACCGGUUUCCACUUGUUGCAUGUUCCGAUUACUUUCGAGGUCUAGAACGAUCAGGUAUGAGUGAUACUGCUUUGGUAACUCUCGACCAUUUACCCGGCGGAUAUGAUACGAUGAAUUUGAUUGCCGAUUUUUGUUAUGGGCUCCCUAUUGAGGACAAACUGACAACUAAAAAUAUUGGUCACGUGACGUGUGCAGCCUUCUAUUUACAGAUGUCUGGAUCUGAUAAUCUUAGUGAAAUAUGUCAAUCUAAGCUAAAGAAAUUGACAAGUGAUGUUUCUAAUUGUUUGGAUAUAUUGGUGAAUUGUGUUGAAAUUGCAGAAGUAGCUCAAUCAGAGGGAGUGAGUACAUUUUGUGUGAAGGCUGCCGUUGAGCAUUGGUGUAUAGGAAUACAGGCAAAGAAAUGGAAUGAGUUGACAAAUAGGCAAUCAGAAACAGCAUCUUUGCGAUUGUCGCAGUUGAAGAAACUUCCAGUUAAUUGGACGGCUGCUGUCAUUGAUUUGAUGCAAACCAGUAAUUGCUGCAGUGCUUGGAGUACGUACUUUGUUGCAGGAUACAUAGAUUUUAUAAUGCAGUGCUUUACCAAUGUGAGAAAGACAGCAUCUCCUUAUGCCACGCUGAGCAACGUGGACGGAACACGUGAACCUAUAGUUAUGGCAGAGCCGCCAAAUCCUAUAGAGAUCCCAUCUUUCUCUUGCUCAUCAAAGGUUUCUGAUCAUUCGACAGCUGCUGCCACAUGUUUCUCUGAGAAAGAUGAAGCUUUAGUUGACUCAGAAAAACAGAAAGCUGAAGCGUCAGCUCUUUCUUCUAGUGAAACUACCUUAUAUGCUCGUUUUUCACGUUGUCAUUUUUUGCCUGAUACUGAGGAAAGUCUUCUCAAAAAUUACUUUGAAGCUUUUUUGUCCUACCUUCCAGAUGAUGCGUUGACGCUAGAAAUACCAACUGUUACAGCCAGUUGGUUAUCGUCAGCUUUACAGUUUUCUUCAGUGUUUGUAUCCCAAAGCGAACAAAGGUUGACAGCCUUGUGUGCAAAAAGCUACAGACAACUUACCGGAAAAGACGUUAUUGAAUUUACGUCUAGAGUGAUGGCUAAUCUAAACAAUUGUGUUCACACCAAUGGAUAUAAAGACUUUAGCAUGCUAAAGGUUACAGAGCUGUCUGAUUAUUAUCUCAAUUACCACGCAGAACGAGGCACGAUUUCGGCCGCUCAAUUUAUAGAAACUUUGCAGUCAACGUUGUGGAGCUCUCGUUCAUCUUUUGACUCUCCGUUCGAGGCCUUGGAGAAACUGCUGCAAUCAGAUGAAAGUCAAGGUGGUCUAAUUUUACAAACAACUGUAACCGAAAUAAUUGAACUAAUAGAUUUUACCAAGCUCAGCCAAGAUGCACUAGAGAGAGCGUCGACAAACAGUCGCAUUCCUAGUAGAGCUACAAUGGAAGCUGCCCUUCGUGUUUGUUCCAGACUUAGGAAUGAACUCCAUCGAUCCCAAGCAAAUUUUGAGUCUUACCGACAAGAGACGGCUAGACUACAACGCUUACUUCAUGAUACAGAGGCUAAAGUAAAUGAGCUAGAAUUGUUCCGCCGGUUGAACGGUACAUGGACUUCUAGAACGCUAUUCGAUGCUCCGGCUCGCUUUCAUCAUCAACAAAAAACUGAUUUUUCUCUACACAUAGCUCAGCCUCACAAACAAGAGGAUACUAACAUGAUUUCAUUCACAAUAACAGCUACCAGUAAGUUGAAACACGAUCUCUCUAGAGGGAGACCGAGGAGACAGUCGAGUUACACUCGCGUCAGACCAGCAUACAUUUUGCCAUUGAGAAAUGACAAAGGUGAUGCUGAUGUCAGUAGCCAGCACGUAUGGGACAACUGGUAUCAAACGACAGCAGAACCAUGGGAUAGGAUACAGAUGCCUACUUUCUUGGUGUAUGAUCUACGCGACGAUUGCAUUUUUGUUCCACCGCUGCAGUCAUCAGGUUUCGGGGAAAGGAGACUUGUACGUUUGACUAAAUUUCCAUAGGACAUUUAGAAAACAAUUUUUGUAAAACAAAUACGGAGUUUGUCAACAUUUCAUAAUGUAGCUAUCGAUUUGUUAUUGCUAUGUACUGAUUGUUGCUCAACGGCUGUUUUAUUAGAUCUAAUAUGUACCACUAUUAUGGUAUGC